AUUCAGUUGUUGGUGUCUUCGAGGGUUUGACUUCCAUAUUUCGUUUUUUUUCAAUCAAUCAAUCAAUGUGCUCUAGUGGUGUCGUUAAACAAAACAAACUAACUUUUUUCCAUAUUUCGUUUUUCCCACAUCUUCGCCUGUCAGGGUAGGCCUACCAUUCCGUAUAACUACGCCAUUCCAUAAUGCAGUACCGUAGUUAUACGGAACCGUAGGCCUACAAUGGCUUGCGAAGGUGGUCCUCCCAUACGAUAUUCCGUUAGACAUUCCCUAGUUUCACUUCUAACCAGUCAGACAAAACCGUAACACGUGAUCAAGGCCGUAUCUUUGCACAAUGCAGAGUCGAAAGGUAUUUGGCAAAAUAGUGGUUGAUUCCAUGAAUCUCUGUCUAGUGCCUCGUCAAUAGAACAGCCAUUCCUGACGAGAUCCUUUUAAUUAUUUCUGGAAAUUUCUUCUUUCUCGCACCGCCAUAAAGAGGACUGCCACUUCCAUACCCACUUACUAAUUCAGAACAGGCACAGGAGAGAGCUCAGUGGAAUAAUUACAUUUGUUAUGACCUGCACUAAUCUGGUAUCUGGUGUUCGCGAAAGGUGAAUAUAUUCUGCCUCACCGGUGGCACCCGCCAUGAGUAUUGCCACCACAGCUGUCAAGUCCUUGAAGUCAGUUACUUCUAAAACGAUGAACAAAUAACAAAUGUGUAAAUGAAGAUAAAAUUAGACAAUGUGGUGACGUCAUUACCGUCGCAACAACUUGGCCAAGUAUGGGUUGCUGGAAUGGAAUUUUUAAUCUUUUCUCAAUUCUUUGUGUACUGGUGAUCAUUAGUGGAGGUUGGUAUAAAAACCAACAACACCAAGUGAACGGAAGCCCAGCAAGUUCAUAUGACGCGGUAAAACGCUUAAAGGGCAAUGUUAAAUUAAAUUAUCUUCGACUUCUUCUGUCAAAACUGUUUAUUCACGAAAAAAAACUAGCAAAUAUGGAUAAAAAGGUACAAAUUCAAUCGCCCACCGUGGCUGCAACUCAGCACCACGAGACAGCUCAGCACCAUGAAGCAACUCAGCACCACGAGACAGCUCAGCACCAGCACCAUGAGACAACUCAGCACAAUGAAGCAACUCAGCACCAUGAGAUAACUCAGCAUCAUGAGACAACUCAGCACCAUGAUACAACUCAGUACCAGGAGAUAACUCAGCACCACGAGACAGCUCAGCACCAUGAAGCAACUCAGCACCAGAACCUGAGACAACUCAGCACCAGAACCAUGAGACAACUCAGCACCAGCACCAUGAGACAACUCAGCACCAUGAAGCAACUCAGCACCAGGAGAUAACUCAGCAUCAUGAGACAACUCAGCACCAUGAG